GUUCCACUGUCAGCAGUCAGUUGUUGCUGUUGCGCGGGGUGUUGCUGUUGUGCCGCGUGUUGCUGUUGCUGCUGUUGCUGCUGCUGCUCAUGUUGCUGCUGCUGUCGUCGCUGUCGCCACAUCGCAGCUAUUCCCGCAGAGACCGCUCGGCUGCGCGGAGACAUCUUCACUCGCUGAGUUGCCGCGCGUCGCGUUGGUUCGCCGUAUCCGUAUCCGUAUCCGUAUCCGUAUCCGUACCCGUGACCGCUUCCGUCUACCCAUUGCAUUGGCCAUGUCCAAUCCAGAUCCAGAUCCCCCCUCCCCCCGGGGAGCAGGAGACACCACUCUGGCCGCCCUGGGUGCCCACAUGGCGCCCUGUCGCAACACCACGCCGGAGCAGCUGGCCCAGCUGAUAGAUGCCCAUUUGGGGGAUCUGCGGCAGGAGCAGCCCAACUGGACCAUCAGCUCCUCCAAGGUGGCUGGGCGCGGGGUGUUCGCCACCAGGGACAUAGCCGCCGGCGAGCUGAUCUUCCAGGAGCGGGCCCUGGUCACGGGGCCGACGGCCCGGAAGGGCCAGCUGAGCAGCUGCAUCUGCUGCCACGAAACGCUGCCCCAGAAGGGCUUCCUGUGCCGCCACCGCUGCACCCUGCCCGUCUGCGAGUCCUGUGCGGAUUCGGAGGAGCACCAGGCCGAGUGUGAGCACUUCCGCCGCUGGCAGCCCAUGGACGCCGAUGCGGAGGGGGAACAGGAGCAGGUGAAUCCCCUCUCGCUGCGCAUCCUCACGGCGGUGCGCGUCUUCCACCUGGGAAAGGAGCAGCGGCACCUGGUGGACGCCAUGCAGGCCAAUGCCGAGCGAGCCUACCGGCGCGAGAUCAUCAAGGCGGCGCAGUGCUUCCGCAACUUCCCCACCACGGACCGCGUGUUCAUGGACCAGCUGUUCCGCAUUGUGGGCGUGCUGAACACGAACGCCUUCGAGGCACCCUGCCGCACCGGCGGCCAUGAGACGCUGCUGCGCGGCCUGUUCCCGCUGACGGCGAUCAUGAACCACGAGUGCACCCCCAAUGCCAGCCACUACUUCGAGAACGGACGACUGGCGGUGGUGCGGGCCGCCAGGGACAUUCCCCGGGGCGGCGAGAUCACCACCACCUACACCAAGAUCCUCUGGGGCAAUCUCACCCGGAACAUCUUCCUCAAGAUGACCAAGCACUUUGCCUGCGACUGCGCCCGCUGCCACGACAACACUGAGAACGGAACCUAUUUGUCGGCGCUUUUCUGCCGGGAACAGGGCUGCCGUGGCCUGGUGAUUCCUGUCCAGACCCGCACUUUGCAGCCCGACUGGCGGUGCAUCACCUGCGAGAACGUCUUCCCGCACGCGAAGAUGGCCAAGUACCAGGACUUCGCGCUGAACACCAUCAACAACCGGAUAAACUCGUGCAGCGUCCAGGACAUGAUCCACUUCAUCAACGAGCUGUGUCCGCGCUUCUGUCCGUCCUCCAACUACGUGCUGAUCGAGGCCAAGUUGAACGUGAUCUGGCGGAUGACGCGGUUCGACCGCGAGGAGUACUCGCCGGAAGAGAUGGGCCACAUGGAUCGCUACCGCGAGGAGGUCCUGGCCAUACUCCACAAACUGGGCGCCGGGGAGUGCACCCUGAAGAAGCUGAUCACCGGGGAGAUCCAGUGAAGGAUCUCCUCCCGAAAAAUGUGAAUAACGUUGUUUUUUUUUUGUUUCUGUGUGAAUGAGUGAGUGUUUUUUUUUUUUGAGAUGGUACGUGAGUGCUUUUGGGGCACCUUUGGCGCCCCCUUGUUGCUAUUUUAUUCGUAAUCACUUAAGAAACCAAAUAAACACCGAACUAUGACUCGUUA